UUCAACCUUCACCAGUCUCUCGGUCCACACAGGGGCACCUUCACUUUUGCGGUGCAUCAGGCAUCGGCUUUUAGAAUCAUACAGUAAAUUAAAUUAUUCCUACGUCCACAUCAUGUCCGUUCUGUCAAUCAGCAGGCUAGCGCCUAGGCUCUUUAAUUCAACGAAUGCAUCUGUCCUUGUUGCAGCCAGACAUGCCAGCGCAUCAACAAACCUUAAAGAUGUUCUUGUAGACCUCAUUCCCAAAGAACAAACACGAAUCAAGAACUUCAAGCAACAACAUGGCAAAACUAACAUUGGCCAGAUCACUGUGGAUAUGAUGUAUGGCGGGAUGAGAGGUAUGAAGGGGCUGGUGUAUGAAACAUCUGUGUUGGACCCAGAUGAGGGCAUCCGUUUCCGUGGCUACAGCAUCCCGGAAUGCCAGGAGCUGCUUCCCAAAGCUGCCGGCGGACAGGAGCCUCUGCCCGAGGGCCUCUUCUGGCUGCUGGUCACUGGGCAGGUGCCCAACGAAGAGCAGGUCAGCUGGCUGUCGAAGGAGUGGGCGAAGCGCGCGGCUCUGCCCUCCCAUGUGGUCACCAUGCUGGACAACUUCCCCACCAACCUGCACCCCAUGUCCCAGUUCAGCGCCGCCAUCACAGCACUCAACAGUGAGAGCAGCUUUGCCCGAGCCUACGCGGAAGGAGUCAACAAGGCCAAGUACUGGGAGUUUGUCUAUGAAGACUCCAUGGACUUGAUCGCCAAGCUCCCCUGUGUGGCGGCCAAGAUCUACCGCAACCUGUACCGCGAGGGCAGCAGCAUCGGCGCCAUUGACUCCAACCUGGACUGGUCCCACAACUUCACCAACAUGCUGGGCUACACCGACGCCCAGUUCACAGAGCUCAUGCGCCUCUACCUCACCAUCCACAGUGACCACGAGGGAGGUAAUGUGAGUGCCCAUACCAGCCAUUUGGUGGGCAGUGCCCUCUCCGACCCCUAUCUGUCCUUCAGCGCCGCCAUGAAUGGCCUUGCCGGGCCCCUACAUGGACUGGCUAAUCAGGAGGUGCUGGUGUGGCUGACGGCGCUGCAGAAGGAGAUGGGUGGAGAGGUGUCGGACGAGAAGAUGAGGGACUACAUCUGGAACACGCUCAAGUCUGGCAGGGUGGUACCAGGUUACGGUCACGCUGUUUUGAGGAAGACCGACCCACGCUACACGUGUCAGCGUGAGUUUGCCCUGAAGCACCUGCCCAAUGACCCCAUGUUCAAGCUGGUGGCACAGCUCUACAAGAUUGUUCCCAACGUGCUGCUGGAACAGGGCAAGGCCAAGAACCCCUGGCCCAACGUGGACGCACACAGCGGUGUCCUGCUGCAGUACUACGGCAUGACGGAGAUGAACUACUACACGGUGCUGUUCGGCGUGUCCCGGGCGCUGGGCGUGCUGGCCCAGCUCAUCUGGAGCCGAGCGCUGGGCUUCCCACUGGAGCGCCCCAAAUCCAUGAGCAGCGACGGACUCAUGAAGCUCGUGGGAGCCAAGUCUGGAUAAAGCUCGAGGGAUGGGCUUGGCCGGGCCGGGCUGGGCCAUUAUAUUGGGAAAAUGAAGGAAAAUUAUACAAAACAAAGAUAAAAAAAAAAAAACCACCAGGCAAUAUUGGAAAGGGAUUCUGAGAGACACUGUUCACUUGAAGAAGGGCCAUCACCGUUUUCCCUAUGGUGAAAGUGAGCUGCUCGACCCCCCCCCCCCCCCCCCCCCCCAAUCAUUUCCUAUGAGCACAUAAUCAACAUGAGGGCAGGGAGCUGAGAGGGAGGGUGGGAGGGAGUGGAUGGACAUCACAUCAUGCAUCAUGUGCUGUUUCAAAUCCUCAUCACUUAGUCCACUGGUCUGUCCCUGCUGAAGUCACCACUGUAAGUUUAGUUCCAGUUGUGCUUGUCCUUUUUUCUUGUGGAUGCGACUUGUAGGGAUUGCGCCAGAACAGAUGACCGCUAGUUUGGUAAAUGGUCAUUUGGCUGGGUUAGUGAGUUGGCAUAACAUUCUUUUUGUCUGCUGGAUUAUUUUGUCAUUUGGUUACAGUUGAGUCAUUUGAGUUGCCUCUGUAUGUACAAUGCAGCAUUGUGAUCAGAUCAAUGAUCAGCAUUGCUAAUACGUCCCCUAGAAAAUAUUUAAGGCGCGGUUUUAUGCACUCGGUUAUUCCCAUUUUUCUUCCUCCCACAUCUUAUCCCAACAUCUCGGUUCUGUCACAGAAGUCUGAGGUCGUUUUUCAACCCUAUGCUGCAGUGCGGUCUGCCACUCGCUUGUCAGUGACCACUACAUCAUCCUCCCAACGCGCCGACUCCUGCUAGCAACGUCCGUCUUCGUGAGGUGACGUCUCAAACACAAAAGCAGUUUUUAUCAUUAUUUUUAUUUAUGUAUGGGAUUAUGAUCUAGGGUCAUCAGGUUUUUAAGGGUCAGCUUUGCGUGACUUAAAACAGGGAAAACAACAGACUCAGGUUCAUUGUCGAAGUCCAGCAUUCAUCAGGUACUCACAUGCACAGCCUCAGAGUAAAGCCACAAUCCAAUGACAUGAGCAACAGAGAGCACAGGGCUCUAGGAUCUUAUCUUGUAUGUUUUUGUUUUUAUCAUGUCUAAGUAUGUGUGUUUAUUGUAUGCGAGUCCGUCAGUGAUCUGCUACUCCAAAAUGAGCACUUGCUUAGUUAAAUUGCCCGCUGCAAGCAUAGGUUUAAAGCUAGAGCCCCACUAAUGGAGUCUAACUGGACCCUGCAGUCUGGUGGUAAGAAAAGUAGCCUUAUGUGUUCUGUGCAUAGUUUGGCUGUCAGACUUCUGUACUGAAGUGAAAUAUAGUCUUGUAUGAUCAGUUGUCUGAGGAUGUAGUGAUUUGUUUUGGCGCCUAAUGUAUUUAUUUUGUAUAUGUAGUACGUAUUGAUGUGUUCAUAUACCAUAUAGCCAGCGUAUAGGUUUGGAGAGAGGAUCCAGAGGCGGCUUUAAUAUGACCACUCGAUUGACCUUGUUAGAGGUCACUCAGAGCAGUUCCAUUCUUUUGCUCAUGUGCUCGUGGAUGCUCCCUUUACUCACUGCUGAUGGUCCUGGUUUGCUCUAAGGCUUUGGCUGGCGCAUGUGAAGUGCUCCCUGUGACUUGUCCUACUUCAGCACUCCAGAGCUACACUACAUGACUCUACCACAUAUAUUUAUAUUUCUUAUAUCUGUAGGUCUGUAAACUCGUACAUUAUUUUGCGUGUGUGUUUUUAUUUUUUUUUUGCCAUGUAGUUUUAGAUGUAAAGGUUUGGAGUAAAUACCGAGGCCGCGCAGCUACACUGGAGUUAAAUGGCGGGUGUCACAGUCAGGGACUGAAUCCAUGGGGAAUAAGGCAGAAUGGCAUUCUAGAACAAUACAAAUCAAAAUAGGCAGGGGGGGGAAGGAAGAGGAAAAUAAAUAAAAUGUUUUUAUUGACAAGA